AUGUCGUCCAGUUCAGACAGAAGAUCCUCUGCAAAGAUGAGUCUUAGACAGGAAGCGGCUUUGAUCAAGAAGCAGCAAGAAGAUGCUUUAGCCAGACUUCCACUGAACAGCCUUUAUAUUGUCCUCUGGAUCCGAUCACAUCCUCCUCAUGAAAACGACUUUCACUGGGGCUAUUACUUCCAUUCGACUCCACAGAGCGGAAUCAAAUAUCAUAUCAAGCAACUCGGCAGUGGCUGGAUAACCGACCAUGGCCGCACUGGUGGGGUCUUCAAGUCGAAUUUCCUGUGCGUCCUCAUUCAAAUCGCAACCGUUGCAGAGGGGGCCGGCGGCCAGCUUGAUCAAAUUAUGAGAUCUCAUGACGGGAACGUCAACAGCAUACCUGGAGUAACUUGCCGUGUAUGGAUACUGAAGAUCCUGGAAAAGCUCAUGCAAUCCGUAAUCGUUCGGUGCAGCAACGCUGAUGCAUUGUUGCAGGAGUGCAUGGCGAUUGGCAAUCAGCAUGGUCCGGAGGCUGCCGAAAAUCACCAGCCACGACCGGUCGUGAAAUCCAAUCUCUGCUUUUGA